AUGUCGACUCAUCAGGAUGGAUCGGAGAUGCGAUACAUGGAUCAAGGUUACUACCAGGAAUCCAUAAAUGCGACAAUAAAAGGACUUGAAACGCCUCUCCCCAAAAUCCUUGUGAUCCUGACGACUAUUGAUCUGUCAUGCAACAAGUUCCAAGGAAUGAUUCCUGAUGUGAUAGGAGAGCUAGGAUCACUCGAGGGGCUCAACCUUUCUCAUAAUAAUCUCAAAGGCCAUAUGCCAUCAUCUUUGGGGAAACUUUCCGAGCUUGAAUGGUUGGAUCUUUCUUCAAAUAAGCUUAGUGGGACGAUACCAAGCAAAUUGACAACUCUCACAUUUCUAGAAGUCCUAAAUGUCUCUUCCAAUCUACUAACAGGAUCGAUUCCUCAGGGGAACCAAUUCAACACAUUUCAAGCAGAAUCAUAUCGUGGCAACCCAGGACUGUGCGGGUAUCCGUUGUCCAAAACUUGUACUAAUUCGAGGGUGCCAGGGGAGCCUCCUGUCCUGCCUGAAGGCGGGGCACACUCGUUCUUUGCAGAAAUUCUCGAAUCAGGGGCUGUGGAAAUAGGAUUAGCAUGUGGCAUAGUUCUCGGGCUGAUCAUGAGUAAUUUGCGAUAUUUGAGAUCUUUUUGGUGA